GAAGUCUUUGGCAUGGAAGACCCUCCGCCCCCCCCCGCUCACUUCAAGCAGCCGCCCCAGUACAUGGUGGAUCUAUUCAACACCGUCGCCAACGCAGAUGGUGUCACCAAGAACCCCGACAUCCUGGAGGGCAACACAGUCCGCAGCUUCUUGGAUAAAACUCAUGGCGAGAAGAUGCGGUUCCUCUUUGUCCUCUCCAGCGUGGCCAAGAACGAGAAGAUCCUGACAGCAGAGUUGCACCUCUUCCGCCUCUGGCCGAGGGCCACCGAUGGACCCAAAAGGCACCACUUCUGCCAGGUCAGCGUCUACCAAGUGCUGGAGAAGAGCGAGCUGGACGCCCCCGGAGGGAAGAAGCUGCUGGCAGCCAGGCUUGUCUCGCUGCAGGGCUCGGGCUGGGAGGUCUUUGCCAUCACGCCGGCU